ACAGAAGCUUCCGUUCCGGGUAAGAGGUAACCAACGUGGUGUUCUUGCAGCUCAACGUGUGUGCUAUUUCUGAGUGAUAAAACAUCUGAAAGAGAGUAAUAAAUAAACAAAAAAAGAAGAUCUCAGAUCAGAGAUGGGGGAGUUUAAAGUUCACCGGGUUCGGUUCUUUGACUACAUGCCGUCGGGAAUCAGAGCCUUGGCUUUCAAUCGAGAUAUUGAAAGGAUGGCAGUCGCAAGGAUGGACGGUGCAGUGGAAAUUUUCCACUGUUCAGACAGAUUUUACCAAGAAAAGAUCAUCCCUGGCAGAGAGCAGUGCGGGAUUGAAGGUCUGUGCUGGUUUGGCGAGCGUCUGUUCAGUGCAGAACUAAGCGGCGAAAUAACGGAGUAUGACCUGACAAACCAGAAAGUGAAAUACACCCUAGAUGCGUACGGAGGGCCAAUCUGGACCAUUACAGCCAAUCAACAAAGAACACACUUAGCGGUCGGUUGUGAAGACGGAACUGUGAAACUGUUUGAGGUGAAUGAAGACACGCUACAGUUUGAGAGAAAUCUGGAUAGGCAAAAAGGCCGCAUCAUCUCUCUCUCCUGGCACCCAUCAGGCUCCAGAAUAGCAGCUGGGAUGAUGGAUAUGAUCCAGAUAUUUAACGUAGAGACGGGCCACUCUAUACACAGGAUGCUGCCUGACAAAGGUUUCGGGAUAUCCCUCACUAAGGAGUGUGUAAUUUGGAGUGUGGUUUACCUCUCGGAUGGGACGGUCAUCAGUGGAGACUCCCUGGGACUGGUCAAAUUUUGGGAUGAUCAGACUGGUACACAAAUCAAAAGCCAUGAAGUCACAAAAUGUGAUGUGCUGGCAUUAGCAAUCUCUGAGAAUGAGGACAGCCUUGUUGCCGGGACGUCAGAAGGAACUGUGGUACAGUUCCAGUUCGUCUCUACCGUUUUUGGAAAGAAUGACAAAGAAUGGGUCAGAACCAGAACAUUUAAGAACCACACACAUGACAUCAGAGCUGUGGCAGAGAUCACGACAGCUGUGGUUUCAGGAGGUAUGGACGCACACCUGGUCGUGAGACCUUUAUUAGACAAGUUCGAAGAGAGGUCGGUGGCCUCUGCUUUGAGGAAGAUUCACUUUCCACAUAGGAGCCUGGUGUCCUGUGCCAAGAAGUCAGACCUGAUGCUUUUCCGGUACCCUGGUCAUCUGGAGCUCUGGAGACUGGGAGAGAGUGAAGGAAAAGGCUUGCCAGGAAGCAGUUUAUUUGUAAAAAGAAAUCCAGAGAAAGUGCUUCAUUUAAAAGUGAAGGGUGAGGAUCACAUCCGCUGCAGUGCCGUGUCUCCCUGUGGAGAAUGGAUUGCUUACUCCACAGCCAAUACUCUACGGCUCUUCAGGCUACACUGCAACAAUAAUAACAUCAACAUCACCAAGAUAUCCAAGCUACCAAAGGUUCUCAGCUCAGCCAGUCAGCUUUGCUUCUCUUCAGACUCCUCCCAUUUGUUUUCCGCCUCCACACAGUCAUCAGUGCACUUAGUUUCUCUCAGCCAAUCAGGAUGCAAGCUUGUGGGCACCCUUAAACCUAAGUCAGGUUCCCAUCAGGCCAUUCACUUAUUAGCUGCCAGUGAGGAUGGCAAGUGGUUGGCCUCUGCAAACAGUGACCACGAGGUUCACGUCUAUAACCUGCAGACACAAAAGGCUCAUUGCACAGUUCCUGUAUACAGUUCUGCUGUCACUGCCAUGGGCAUUCACCCAACAACAAACUGUCUGUUCAUGAUGUAUGCAGAUCAACAGAUGUGCGAGUUUUCCAUAGAUCAGAAACAGUACACGGAUUGGAGCAGAACGGUACAGGGGAAGGGCCUUCAUAAUUUCUGGUUGGAAAGAGACACACCGUGUCUCAAUGUGACGUUCAAUCCACAAAAUCCAUCCCAUGUCAUCCUGCAUGAUACUUACAUGUUCUGCAUCAUUGACCAAAGCCUGCCAUUGCCUAGUGAUAAAGCUCCAUUAAUCAAUCAGCUGACUCUGAAGAGCCUCCCAGAGGAGCAGAGGAAAUCUCACAGCCAUGCUUUUAAAAUCUGCAAGACUUUUAAGGAUAUCCUGUGUGUCGAACUGAUGUCAGAUCAGUCUCUGGUGGUGGUUGAACGGCCUCUAGAGGAUGUCGCCACUCAGUUGCCUGCACCCAUCAAACAAAAGAAAUUUGCCACAUAAGCAUAAACCUCUCCAUCUGUAUGUGUGUGGUUUUUUUGUUGUGUUUUUUUGUUUUUGUUUGUUUUUUAUCAAGAGACUGCAAAUUGUUCCCUGUUGCACCCAAUGUAAAAACUGCUGUGACAGUAUUAAAAGAAAUAUUUACUGUA